CCGCAUGCCGAGUGCCGACUAGCGACUGUCAGUAGUAAAUUGCAGUGUCGACCAUAGAUUCUUCUCACAUCUUUAGAUAUCAAUAUCAUAUCAACUCUUAAAAUGGCUGGUGGUGACUCCGUUAAAGUCCCAGAAAAGGGUGAUAAUUUACGUGGAAUUCCAGAAGCACAAUUCGUGGAAGAUGUAGAAGAAUUCAUGAGCAAGGAGACUGGUGGUGCCGAAGAGGUCAUCAGACGUCUUGAUGAACAACUUAGCAAGUAUCGCUUCAUGGAAUCUCAUCUUACUGCAACACGAACAAAACUGAAACACCAAGUUCCGGAUAUCAAAAGUUGUUUGCAGAUCAUUGAGGAGAUGAAAGCAAGACAAGACAGUAUAGAAGAUCUUGAGACUCGAUUUCUGCUUUCCGAUCAAGUUUAUGUCAAAGCCAAAAUUCCACCGUCCAAUAAAGUCUGCUUAUGGCUUGGUGCCAAUGUCAUGUUAGAAUAUGAUUUGGAGGCAGCUGAAACGCUUCUCAACAAAAACCUCCAGAAUGCAAACACAAAACACAAUCAAGUUCUGAAUGAUCUAGAUUUUCUCAGGACGCAAUGCACCACAACGGAGGUGACCAUCGCCCGAGUGUACAACUGGGACGUGCGGCGACGCAGAGCUGAAGCAGCCAAGUCGUCCAAGCAGCAGAAAAAUUAACUUGCUAAUGUUAUUUCCCAGUCUCCAUGGUGUGAAAACACGUCUCCCUAAUUCUUAGCUGUCAGUUAUUAAGCCCAGGAUUCUCUGGCAUCUUCAACUUUAUACAUCUUGAAGAAUCCUUGGAACUUUAAUUGGAAAAAAUUUCUCCCCAUUAUGUAUAUGUAAUUACUAAUUACAUUAAUAAUAUCAUGUAAUUUUCAUAUUAUUGGAAGACAGCUCCAAUGUUAGAUCAAGAUAUCCUGAUGCUAUAGGUUAGUGUUCAUAUAUUCGUUGCUUUGAGUACCUUACCUUUGGAGACUGGGAUCAACUUGUCAUUUUCGGUGAGGGAAUUACAUUUUUUGAUGUAAGCUGCUUCACAGUUGAGCUCUCAUGAAAUGUUAAAAAUAUCUUUCGAUUUUGCGUGCUUCAUGGAAGAGGUAUUCUGUAUGCUUGACAAUUGCAAGCAACAAAUUGUUCAAUUGAAUGAUAGGUAGCAUGAAUAUACUCUUGCUUGCCACGGUACUUCACUUUUACUAAUUUUAAUACUUUUGUUUUUUAAUAACUGCACGCCAUGCCAUCUCAAAUUGUAAAAAACUUCACAGACUCGUUUUCUCUAAUUUUAAAACCGAUGUUUGUUCUCUCGCUAGCUAGCGAAGAAUAUCUGCAGAGCGUUGGUGCAGAAACUGGAGAGCACAGGUGCCCUCAUUCAUGUUUGCUAAAGAGAAGAGUCAAUGAUGUGGAUAUCAUUAUUAUGUUCCUAAUUUAUGUACGAUUCUCUUCUUUAAAUCUUAUGGUUGCAAAUCCGGAUCGAGUGGUUGAAGUACGCUUCUCCAUAAGGAUUACUAACUCAAAAAAAAAAACUAUGAAUUUGUUCCCUAAAUAUUAUUGUUUUUCUCUGUGUUGAGUCCUCGUAACGUUUACAAUGGCAAGCAGGUUCUGCAGUGAUAGGAAGAGAUGCAUUCAACCCUUCCAUCAAACUAUCAUAUAUUAAGUUUGUUCAGUUUUCGUGCAGACGUCUGCAAAAUCAUUGUGGUUGUUUAUAUAUAAUUGUUCAGCAUCUAACCAUUAGCUUUAAACGAGGAACUGGCGCCCUUUCGGGUAAAAUAGUAAAAAUUUAAUAAACGGCAAUAAUCACUUGUUGAUUAAAGUGACUGUUACUGCAAUAUUUAAUCAAUUAUUUUGGCAUCUUGUACUGCAAUGUUGACGGAACGCCUAUUUGACGUACUUUUAUUCGAAGGAGAAAUGAUCAUUGUCUUAGCAAUUUCGACUCAAAUUUCACCGCUUGAAUGUCGUGGAGUGCUUUUGCCUGUAUUUACUAUUGAUUAUUUUAUUAACAGUCGCUCUUCCGUUGUAACAAACCUUUCCUAACACGUACCCUUCAAUAAAAUCAGUUACAGUAUAUCAA